UCUACAAUGACGUUGCUCUGUCUCUAUUAGCCUGUUCUGCUGGGCGCUUCUCACUUUCCGUUCAGAGAGCCGCUUUUCUAAACUCAGCCCCGGGAAACCAUGGCCGACCAGGCCUCGGGAUCCACCCGGCCGCCUCAACCUGACGGAGUUCUGGAGCAGCGCGCGGCCGAGCAAGAGCAGGAUCGAACCGACUUCCUGAAGCUCAAACAACAGCUGGAGAUGGAGUUCAACCAGAAGCGGGCCAAGUUUAAGGAACUUUAUCUGUCUAAAGAAGAGGAGCUGAAGAAGCAGACUGCUAUACUGGAGAAGGCCCAGGCAGACGUGAGCAAGAUGCAGGACCAGCUGGCCGAAGCUAGAGCAGAGAUGGAGACCAUUAAAGCGGUGGCCACCGUCUCUGAGAGCACGAAGCAGGAAGCCAUCGACCAGGUCAAGCAGCAGUGGCAGGAGGAGGUGGCCUCACUGCAGGCUAUUAUGAAAGAUGCAGAGCGGGAAUUUAAGUUGCAGUUCCAGCAGAAGUUGGAGCAGGAACGCGCUCACUGGACCCAGUACCGCGAUGGGAUGGAGCGGGAGGUGGCUGACCUACGCCGGCGUCUUACUGAGGGACAGGAGGAGGAGAAUUUAGAGAACGAGAUGAAGAAGGCUCAGGAGGACGCAGAGAAGUUGCGUUCAGUGGUGAUGCCAAUGGAGAGCGAGAUCGCAGCCCUGAAGGCCAAACUGUCGAGCUCAGAAGAUCGAGUCAAGGAACUUGAGGCUGCCAAGGUGAAGGAGCUCAAUCACGUCCUGGAGGCUGAGAAAUCAUGCCGUACAGACUUAGAGAUGUAUGUUGCUGUCCUCAACACCCAGAAAUCUGUCCUUCAAGAGGAUGCAGAGAAACUUCGGAAAGAACUCCAUGAAGUGGUUCACCUGCUGGAGUUGGAGCGGCAGCAGCACAAUCAGCUGAAACACACUUGGCAGCGUGCCAACGACCAGUUCCUGGAGUCACAGCGGCUACUGAUGCAAGACAUGCAGCGCAUUGAGAGCGUGCUGUCCUCCGAGCAGCUGCGGCAGGUGGAGGAGAUGAAGAAGAGGGACCAGGAGGAGGAUGAGAAAGAGCGAUUGAGUCAGGCUAAAGAGGCAAGUGAGGAUGAUGGGACGCAUGCAGACGCAGUGGAGGACUCUCUGCUUGGACUCUCAAUAGAAGAGUCCCACCUCAGCCACAGUAUCCACAGCUCUUUGCACUCUCUGGACGCAGACACCCCGGGCCUCCCGGACGGCUCUGACCCUUAUAAAGACAGGCUUCGGAGGGUUCAGUCCACAGACAGUCUGGGUUCUUCAGGAGGGACCUUACAGCCUCACGGUCUGGGCGGACACAACAACAAGGCCAAGUCCGCCAGCCAGCUGGACGAGUCAGACUUUGGUCCUCUAGUGGGGGCAGACUGUGUGGGCUUUGAUGGCAUGGACAACUCCUCCUUAUCAUCCCUCCACCCUGGACAUUUUCUCCUCACCAAGGACCAGGAGAAGGCCAUUAAGGCCAUGACCCCAGAGCAGGAGGAGACCGCAUCACUCCUGUCCAGCAUCUCUCAUAUGACCGAUACGACUUACCUGCCUCCGACUGGCUACCGAAUGGUCAGCGAGAGCGAGUGGAAUCUGCUGCAGCAAGAGUUGAAGAACGCUGGAAGGAAGUUGGGGCGCCGAUGUGAUAUGUGCUCUAAUUAUGAGAAACAGCUGCAGGUCAUGCAGGGACAAGAAGCCGAUACAAGAGAACAGGUUAAAAAGCUUCAGGUCAUGUUGCGGCAGGCGAACGAUCAGCUGGAACGGACGAUGAAUGAGAGGCAGGAGUUAGAGGACUCUAUCAAACAGGCCAAUGAGGAAACGACUGCCAAGAUCUUAGAGUUGAAGCAGAAGGUUCAGGAGUCUGAGUCUCUCGUAAGCGCUCUCCAACAGGCCUUCAGCCAGGCCAAGAGGAACACCCAGGAACAGAUGGCUGUGCUGCUACAGUCCAGAGAGCAGGUGUCUGAAGAGCUGAAAAGACUGCAGAACGAUAAUGAGAGUCUUCAGGGUAAACACAGACUUCACAUGACGCUGCAGCAGCAAGAGGACUUUCACAUGCCGACCACUGUACAGGAACUUCAGAAGCUGGUGUUGCAGUACAGGGAGGACAUUGUUUCUGCAUGCACGGCGGCGGAGCAUUUGGAGGAGAAGCUGAAGGCUGAGAUUCUGUUCCUGAAGGAGCAGAUUCAGGCAGAGCAGUGUCUGAAAGAAAACCUAGAGGACACACUACAGCUGGAGAUAGAGGGAUGUAAAGAAGAGAUCGACAUCCUGGAAGCAUCUUUUUCCAGCUUGAAAACGGAACUGGAACGAGUGAAGAGUGAGAAGGAACAGCUGGAGAGCAGCUUGGCGGAGCAGAGACAGAUGCUGGAGAACGUCCAGGGCCUGAAGAACAGUCUGGAGGAACAGUUGAAAGAUGCCCUUGGCAGCAAGAGUGCUUUGGAGACUCAGGCGUUUGAAGAGAAAGACAAGGCACAGAGACUUCAGACAGAGCUGGAUGUCAGCGAGCAGGUCCAGAGAGAUUUCGUCAAGCUGUCCCAGACCCUUCAGGUGCAACUGGAGCGCAUCCGUCAAGCGGACUCGUUAGAGCGGAUCCGUGCCAUUCUCAACGACACCAACUUUACAGACAUCAGCCAGCUUCCCGAGACAUGAUGUCACUUCCUCUUCACGACUCCAUCGUGCACAUCUAAACACAUGCACUCUCCACACGCUCCACCUGUACCUCAGAUCUUCGGCCCGAGCGUGCAGGUCUUGGAGCAACACUACUGAUACCGACCUACUACUGCUAUCGUCCAGCUUGAACACGCGUCCUCAAGAGCACAGCGAGAGUCCGAGGGAAUGCUUCGUGUCUUGUAAUACCACGAGGAGCUCGGCGGAUAAUCAACUGAUGUGACUGUCCCGUUCCCAGACCCUACCAAAGUUCCCGUCUCUCUUCUUCUCUUCCAAGCAGUGACCUAUGAAGGAAACAGACACUCCUGAAGUGUUUUGUACAUACUUGUAUACAGAUGAUGUGUAUAUUGCGUUAGUUAAGUUAAUACACGAGACUUUUUGAUUCCCGCCUCCUACGUUUUCACAAGCGACCCCGUUUCUCUCCUCAUCCACCAAUCAUUUCACAGGCUCUGUCGUAUCGUUGAUCCUCAACGUCAGUCUAAAGACUAAAGGCAAUCCUCCAUAUUCCCAAAUCUUUUUUUUUUACCUCCUCUUAACAAUUUGACAAUUGCUUACUGCUACUUUUGUUGGAACGGACUGAUGCUUUUGCUUAUUUUUCUGUUUUCUUUGGAUAUCGCGGACACAUCUGAUGAUAUUUACAGUUUACAUUCGGUCUGAUUUUUGAUAUUUGAUGGAUUUGCGUCAAGUAUGAGGCGACAGCACUGUUUUAGAAGGUGGUUACCCAUCAUUCUGCUGUCUGUGUAUUAAUGAAAGCACACUAUGCUUAAUGAUUUACAAGUGGCGUCUUAAACCGAAUCCUGUGUUUUGUGUACCACAUGAAGCGGUACAGUAAUAUAUGUAUGUCUGGCGUGCGGCGUAAACAGAAUUUCAUAUAGAACCAAAGUUGAUCAUGUUGAGCUUAAAUAUUCAAAGCGUCAUAUUUGGAUGGUUUAAAUCAAAAUCAAAAGGACAUGGAAAAGGGCUAAUGAUUUUUAAGUCUUUUUCUGGCUGCUUUUGUUUUGUUUUUUUUGUUUUUUUUGUUUUUUGGAUGCGAACUACAGGAAACAAGAGUGCGUGAUUUAUGUCCAGUUCAGUUAAAUGGCAAAAAAGACCAAAAGUGACAUUAGAUUUUGGCAUGUUUUUUUGGUUUUUAAUUAAUAAUAAUAAUUAAAUGGUAAUAGUGUAUUUUAGUUCAAAUUAGAGAGUGAAUUCACCCAAAAAUAAAUAUUCCGUUCCAAGCCUGUUAUUCAUUCAUCUUCUGAACACAAAUGAUCUUUUUGAUGAAAUCUGAGAUAUUUCUGUCCUUCCAUUGACAGCUACACAACUUUCAAGCUCAAGAAAGGUAGUGAAGACAUUACAGUAAUCCAUGCGAUUUUAACCUCAAUUACAUGAAGUGAUGUGAUUGCUAAUGUUAAUGGAGAGAGAAAGGUCUUAGAUUUCAUCAAAAAUACCUUCAUUUGUUUUCUGAAGAUGAAUGAAGGUCUUACGGGUUUGGAUCGACAUGAGGGAGAGUAAUUAAUUACAGAAUUUAGAUUUUUGGGUGAACUAUCCCUUUAACAAAGUCUGUUAUUAAAAACAUUGGUUUAACAAAAAUCCAUGUCAAAAUCCAUAUAUAAAAAAAAAGCCCUGUACCUGCACGUGUAAUAUUAUGUCUGCUAAUUUUGUCAUUAAAAAAAGAAAUGGUUAUCAGUGAUA